GGAGCCGCCGCCGCAGUUGACCCGGCCGGCCGGGAGCAGGGAGAGAUGCAGAGCCGGGCAGCCCGCGCCCCCCUUCCAGCGCCACCGCCGCCGCUGUUGCUGCUGCUGCUGCUGCCGCCACUGCUGGGAGACCAAGUGGGGCCCUGUCGUUCCCUGGGUCCCGGGGGACGUGGUUCCUCAGAGGCCUGCGCCCCCGCGGGCUGGCUCUGUCCAGCCUCGGCCUCCAACCUCUGGCUCUACAGCAGCCACUGCAGGGAUGCAGGGACAGAGCUGACUGGCCACCUGGUGCCCCACCACGACGGUCUGAGGGUCUGGUGUCCAGAAUCCGGAGCCCACAUCCCUCUGCCGCCAGCCCCCGAAGGCUGCCCAUGGAGCUGUCGCCUCCUGGGCAUUGGAGGCCACCUCUCCCCACAGGGCAAGCUCACCCUGCCCCAGGAACACCCGUGCUUAAAGGCUCCCCGGCUGAGAUGCCAGUCCUGCAAGCUGGUGCAGACCCCAGGGCUCAGGGCAGGGGAACGGUCAACAGAAGAGUCCAUGGGCGGGCGUCGGAAAAGGAAUGUGAAUACAGCCCCCCAGUUCCAGCCCCCCAGCUACCAGGCCAGCGUGCCUGAGAACCAGCCAGCGGGUACCCCUGUGGCAUCCCUGCAGGCCAUUGACCCAGAUGAGGGUGAGGCAGGCCGGCUUGAGUACACCAUGGAUGCCCUCUUUGAUAGCCGCUCCAAACAUUUCUUCUCUCUGGACCCAAUCACGGGCGCUGUAACCACAGCCGAGGAGCUGGAUCGUGAGACCAAGAGCACCCAUGUCUUCAGGGUCACGGCGCAGGAUCAUGGCAUGCCCCGCCGGAGUGCCCUGGCCACACUCACCAUCUUGGUGACUGACACCAAUGAUCACGACCCCGUUUUCGAGCAACAGGAGUACAAGGAGAGCCUCAGGGAGAACCUGGAGGUUGGCUAUGAGGUGCUCACUGUCAGAGCCACGGAUGGUGAUGCCCCUCCCAAUGCCAAUAUUCUGUACCGCCUAUUGGAGGGGCCUGGAGGCAGCGCCUCAGAAGUCUUUGAGAUUGACCCUCGCUCUGGGGUGAUCCGAACGCGUGGCCCUGUGGAUAGGGAAGAAGUAGAAUCCUACCAGUUGACGGUGGAGGCAAGUGACCAGGGUCGGGACCCUGGUCCACGGAGUGCCACAGCCGCUGUGUUCCUGUCUGUGGAGGAUGACAACGACAAUGCCCCUCAGUUCAGCGAGAAGCGCUACGUGGUCCAGGUGCGCGAGGAUGUGACCCCGGGGGCCCCGGUCCUCCGGGUCACAGCCUCGGAUAGAGACAAGGGCAGUAACGCCCUAGUGCACUAUAGCAUCAUGAGCGGGAAUGCUCGGGGCCAGUUUUACCUGGAUGCCCAGACUGGGGCUCUGGACGUGGUGAGCCCGCUCGACUAUGAGACGACCAAGGAGUAUACCCUACGGGUCCGGGCACAGGAUGGCGGCCGCCCCCCGCUCUCCAACGUCUCUGGCCUGGUGACGGUGCAGGUCCUGGAUAUCAACGACAAUGCCCCCAUCUUUGUCAGCACCCCCUUCCAGGCUACUGUGCUGGAGAGUGUCCCCUUAGGCUACCUGGUUCUCCACGUCCAGGCCAUCGACGCCGAUGCUGGUGACAAUGCCCGCCUGGAAUACCGCCUUGCUGGGGUUGGGCAUGACUUCCCCUUUGCCAUCAACAACGGCACAGGCUGGAUCUCUGUGGCAGCCGAGCUGGACCGGGAAGAGGUUGAUUUCUAUAGCUUUGGGGUGGAAGCCCGAGACCACGGCACCCCAGUGCUCACUGCUUCAGCCAGCGUCAGCGUGACCAUCCUGGACGUCAACGACAACAACCCCACCUUUACCCAACCAGAGUACACGGUGAGACUCAACGAGGAUGCGGCCGUGGGCACCAGCGUGGUGACGGUGUCGGCUGUGGACCGCGACGCGCACAGCGUCAUCACCUACCAGAUCACCAGCGGCAACACCCGCAACCGCUUUUCCAUCACCAGCCAGAGCGGUGGCGGGCUGGUGUCGCUCGCCCUGCCGCUGGACUACAAGCUCGAGCGGCAGUAUGUGCUGGCGGUCACUGCUUCCGAUGGCACGCGGCAGGACACGGCCCAGGUGGUAGUGAACGUCACUGACGCCAACACCCAUCGUCCCGUCUUUCAGAGCUCCCACUACACGGUGAAUGUGAAUGAGGACCGGCCGGCAGGCACCACGGUGGUGCUGAUCAGUGCCACGGACGAGGACACGGGCGAGAACGCCCGCAUCACCUACUUUAUGGAGGACAGCAUCCCCCAGUUCCGCAUUGAUGCAGACACAGGGGCUGUCACUACCCAGGCUGAGCUAGACUAUGAGGACCAAGUGUCCUAUACCCUGGCCAUCACCGCCCGCGACAAUGGCAUUCCCCAGAAGUCUGACACAACCUACCUGGAGAUCCUGGUGAACGAUGUGAAUGACAAUGCCCCUCAGUUCCUGCGUGAGUCCUAUCAGGGCAGCGUCUAUGAGGAUGUGCCCCCCUUCACCAGUGUCCUGCAGAUCUCAGCCACUGACCGUGACUCUGGCCUUAAUGGCAGGGUCUUCUACACCUUCCAAGGGGGCGACGAUGGAGAUGGUGACUUUAUCGUGGAGUCCACGUCAGGCAUUGUGAGAACGCUUCGGAGGCUAGACCGUGAGAACGUGGCCCAGUACGUUCUGCAGGCUUAUGCGGUGGACAAGGGGAUGCCUCCGGCCCGCACGCCCAUGGAAGUGACGGUCACCGUGUUGGAUGUGAACGACAAUCCACCUGUCUUCGAGCAGGACGAGUUUGACGUGUUUGUGGAAGAGAACAGCCCCAUUGGGCUGGCCGUGGCCCGCGUCACAGCCACCGACCCCGACGAAGGCACCAAUGCCCAGAUCAUGUACCAGAUCGUGGAGGGCAACAUCCCUGAGGUCUUCCAACUGGACAUCUUCUCUGGGGAGUUGACGGCUCUGGUGGACUUGGACUACGAGGACCGGCCCGAAUACAUCCUGGUCAUCCAGGCCACGUCGGCUCCGCUGGUGAGCCGGGCUACAGUCCACGUCCGCCUGCUUGACCGCAACGACAACCCACCGGUGCUGGGCAACUUUGAGAUUCUUUUCAACAACUAUGUCACCAACCGCUCGAGCAGUUUCCCUGGGGGUGCCAUUGGCCGCGUGCCCGCCCAUGACCCUGACAUCUCAGACAGCCUGACCUACAGCUUUGAGCGGGGGAAUGAACUCAGCCUGGUCCUGCUCAAUGCCUCGACGGGCGAACUGAGGCUGAGCCGGGCAUUGGACAACAACCGUCCUCUGGAGGCCAUCAUGAGCGUGCUGGUGUCAGACGGCGUGCACAGUGUGACUGCCCAGUGUGCACUGCGGGUCACCAUCAUCACGGAUGAGAUGCUCACGCACAGCAUCACGCUGCGCCUGGAGGACAUGUCGCCGGAGCGCUUCCUGUCACCCCUACUGGGUCUCUUUAUCCAGGCGGUGGCGGCCACGCUGGCCACACCCCCAGACCACGUGGUGGUCUUCAACGUGCAGCGGGACACCGACGCCCCUGGCGGCCACAUCCUCAAUGUGAGCCUGUCCGUGGGCCAGCCGCCGGGGCCCGGGGGCGGGCCGCCCUUCCUGCCCUCCGAGGACCUGCAGGAGCGCCUGUACCUCAACCGCAGCCUGCUCACGGCCAUCUCGGCCCAGCGCGUGCUGCCCUUCGACGACAACAUCUGCCUGCGCGAGCCCUGCGAGAACUACAUGCGCUGCGUGUCCGUGCUGCGCUUCGACUCCUCCGCGCCCUUCAUCGCCUCCUCCUCGGUGCUCUUCCGGCCCAUCCACCCGGUCGGGGGGCUGCGCUGCCGCUGCCCACCCGGCUUCACGGGCGACUACUGCGAGACCGAGGUGGACCUCUGCUACUCGCGGCCCUGCGGCCCCCACGGGCGCUGCCGCAGCCGCGAGGGCGGCUACACCUGCCUCUGUCGCGACGGCUACACCGGUGAGCACUGCGAAGUGAGUGCCCGCUCAGGCCGUUGCACGCCAGGUGUCUGCAAGAAUGGGGGCACCUGCGUCAACCUGCUGGUGGGUGGCUUCAAGUGCGACUGCCCGUCUGGAGACUUCGAGAAGCCCUACUGCCAGGUGACCACACGCAGCUUCCCUGCCCGCUCCUUCCUCACAUUCCGUGGCCUGCGUCAGCGCUUCCACUUCACCCUGGCCCUCUCGUUUGCCACCAAGGAGCGUGACGGACUGCUGUUAUACAACGGGCGCUUCAACGAGAAGCAUGACUUUGUGGCCCUCGAGGUGAUCCAGGAGCAGGUCCAGCUCACCUUCUCUGCAGGGGAGUCGACCACCACCGUGUCCCCGUUCGUGCCCGGAGGGGUCAGUGACGGCCAGUGGCACACAGUGCAGCUGAAAUAUUACAAUAAGCCACUGUUAGGGCAGACGGGGCUCCCGCAGGGCCCAUCAGAACAGAAGGUGGCUGUGGUGACGGUGGAUGGCUGUGACACAGGGGUGGCCCUGCGCUUCGGAGCUGUCCUGGGCAACUACUCCUGCGCUGCCCAGGGCACCCAGGGUGGCAGCAAAAAGUCUCUGGAUCUGACAGGGCCUCUGCUGCUGGGUGGGGUCCCUGACCUGCCCGAGAGCUUCCCUGUCCGCACGCGGCACUUUGUGGGCUGCAUGAGGAACCUGCAGGUGGACAGCCGGCAUGUGGACAUGGCUGACUUCAUCGCCAACAACGGCACCGUGCCUGGCUGCCCUGCCAAGAAGAACGUGUGUGACAGCAGUACUUGCAACAACGGGGGCACCUGUGUGAACCAGUGGGACGCGUUCAGCUGCGAGUGUCCUCUGGGCUUCGGGGGCAAGAGCUGUGCCCAGGAAAUGGCCAACCCACAGCGCUUCCUGGGCAGCAGCGUGCUGGCCUGGCACGGCCUCUCGCUGCCCAUCUCCCAGCCCUGGCAUCUCAGCCUCAUGUUCCGCACACGCCAGGCCAACGGUGUCCUGCUGCAGGCUGUCACCAGGGGGCGCAGCACCAUCACCCUGCAGCUGAGGGAAGGCCACGUGGUGCUGAGCGUGGAGGGCACAGGGCUCCAGGCCUCGUCUCUCCAGCUGGAGCCAGGCCGGGCCAAUGACGGCGACUGGCACCAUGCACAGCUGUCACUGGGAGCCACUGGGGGCCCCGGCCAUGCCAUCCUGUCCUUUGACUACGGGCAGCAGCGGGCAGAGGGCAACCUAGGCCCCCGGCUGCAUGGGCUGCACCUGAGCAACAUUACGGUUGGGGGCGUGCCUGGGCCAGCCGGCGGUGUGACCCGCGGCUUCCGGGGCUGUUUGCAGGGUGUGAGGGUAAGCGAGACGCCCGAGGGGGUUAGCGGUCUGGAUCCCAGCCGCGGGGAAAGCAUCAAUGUGGAGCCAGGCUGCAGCCUGCCAGACCCCUGUGACUCGAAUCCGUGUCCUGCCAACAGCUACUGCAGUGAUGACUGGGACAGCUAUUCCUGCAGCUGUGACCCAGGUUACUAUGGUGACAACUGUACUAACGUGUGUGACCUGAACCCGUGUGAGCAUCAGUCUGUGUGUAUCCGAAAGCCCAGCGCCCCCCACGGCUACACCUGCGAGUGUCCCCAGAAUUACCUUGGGCCAUAUUGUGAGACCAGGAUUGACCAGCCUUGCCCCCGUGGCUGGUGGGGACACCCCACGUGCGGCCCGUGCAACUGUGACGUCGGCAAAGGCUUCGACCCAGACUGCAACAAGACGAGCGGCGUGUGCCACUGCAAGGAGAACCACUACCGGCCCCCUGGCAGCCCCACCUGCCUCCUCUGUGACUGCUACCCCACGGGCUCUUUGUCCCGCGUCUGUGACUCUGAGGACGGCCAGUGUCCAUGCAAGCCAGGCGUCAUUGGGCGCCAGUGUGACCGCUGUGACAACCCGUUUGCUGAGGUCACCACCAAUGGCUGUGAAGUGAAUUAUGACAGCUGCCCACGGGCCAUCGACGCUGGGAUCUGGUGGCCCCGUACCCGCUUUGGGCUGCCUGCUGCUGCCCCCUGCCCCAAAGGCUCCUUUGGCACCGCCGUGCGUCACUGUGAUGAGCACAGGGGGUGGCUCCCCCCAAACCUUUUCAACUGCACAUCAGUCACCUUCUCAGAGCUGAAGGGCUUUGCCGAGCGGCUGCAGCGGAACGAGUCGGGUCUGGACUCGGGGCGCUCCCAGCGACUGGCCCUGCUUCUGCGCAAUGCCACGCAGCACACGGCUGGCUACUUCGGCAGCGACGUCAAGGUGGCCUACCAGCUGGCCACACGGCUGCUGGCCCACGAGAGCGCCCAGCGGGGCUUUGGGCUGUCGGCCACGCAGGAUGUGCACUUCACCGAGAACCUGCUGCGGGUGGGCAGCGCCCUCCUGGACGCGGCCAACAAGCGGCACUGGGAGCUGAUCCAGCAGACGGAGGGCGGCACCGCCUGGCUGCUGCAGCACUACGAGGCCUACGCCAGCGCCCUGGCUCAGAACAUGCGGCACACCUACCUGAACCCCUUCACCAUCGUCACGCCCAACAUUGUCAUCUCUGUGGUUCGCUUGGACAAGGGGAGCUUUGCCGGGGCCAAGCUGCCCCGCUAUGAGGCGCUGCGGGGGGAGCGGCCCCCAGACCUUGAGACAGCGGUCAUUCUGCCUGAUUCUGUCUUUCGAGAGACGCCCACCGUGGUCCGGCCCGCGGGCCCUGGAGAGGCCCAGGAGCCUGAGGAGCUGGCGCGGCGUCAGCGGCGGCACCCAGAGCUGAGCCACGGGGAGGCUGUGGCCAGUGUCAUCAUCUACCGCACUCUGGCCGGCCUGCUGCCCCAUAACUAUGACCCGGACAAGCGCAGCCUCAGAGUCCCCAAACGGCCAGUCAUCAACACGCCCGUGGUGAGCAUCAGCGUCCAUGACGACGAGGAGUUUCUGCCCCGAGCCUUGGACAAGCCGGUCACGGUGCAGUUCCGGCUGUUGGAGACGGAGGAGCGCACCAAGCCCAUCUGUGUCUUCUGGAACCAUUCCAUCCUGUGA